AUGAUGAAAGCUGGUAAUAAUCAAAAAAUUGAUUAUAUUCCAGAUUGGUUUCCUGGAUGGCCUCAACAUCAACAUUACAAUAAACAGCCCAACGACGACGGCCUCAGCGAACAGGAUUGCGUCGAAGUUCGCAGAACUUACACCCUGCCAUCGGCUUCGGUCAGCUUGGCACCGGGAUUUAUGUGGAACGAUCGGGAUUGCGCCACAAAUAAUUAUUUUAUUUGUGAAAAGCUACAAAACGACGAAACUAUUGACGAAAAUCCUGAAUGCAAUCGCACCCUGAAACUGGCAAGACAAACUCCCAGAACUACGAUUUCGAGUCCUGGAUUUCCCCGGCAUUAUCCAGACAAUGCCGAUUGCGAUACUAACAUUAUCGCUCCAUCUGGAUAUAGAAUAGUGCUGGACUUUGACGAAUUGGUAAUCGAAAACGAACCCAGGCAAGUUGUUCAAUAUAAUUAUGAAAUAUUUUAG